UCCUUAUUGCAUGGAAAUAUCAAGUGCAGCAUGUAUUCGUCUGUAUGACGACUGUCGUUACAGUAUGCGAUGAUAUCAAGUGAACCUUGGUAGUGGAGGUCCUUCGUCAACUGCUGAUAUGGUUGAUGGGAAGGAGGAGGCCGAGGCAGACCUCACCAAGCCUGUGAAGGCGUUAGAGGAAAAAUGGAAAUUGCUUCCAGCCUUUCUCAAGGUGAAAGGACUGGUGAAGCAGCACAUCGACAGCUUCAAUCACUUUCUGAAUGUGGAGAUUCGCAGCAUCGUGAAGGCCAAUGAGAAAGUAGUCAGCACUGCAGAUCCGUCCUGGUAUCUGAAGUAUUUGAACGUUUACGUUGGCACACCGAAUGUCGAUGAAUCGUUUAAUAUCACGAAGGCAAUUUCGCCACAUGAGUGUCGACUGCGCGACAUGUCCUACUCGGCUCCCAUUAUGGUGGACAUUGAGUACAUACGCGGACAGCAGAGAAUCAUUCGCAAGGCAUUCCCCAUCGGCCGGAUGCCAAUCAUGCUGCGUAGCUCACAUUGCGUGUUGCACGACAAGAGUACGUCGGAGCUUGCAAAGCUGAAAGAGUGCCCGUAUGAUCCUGGCGGAUAUUUUGUUGUCCGCGGCACGGAGAAGGUCAUUCUCAUCCAGGAGCAGCUGUCUAAGAACCGAAUGAUUGUCGAAACCGACCGCAAGGGCAUGGUGGCCUGCACUGUAACAAGUUCCACUCAUGAGCGCAAGAGUCGCACCAGUCUGAUCACCAAGCAUCAGCGCCUCUACAUCAAGCAUAACACGUUCACGGAUGAUAUUCCUGUUGUAAUUGUUUUCAAAGCAAUGGGUAUGGAAAGUGACCAGGAGAUUGUUCAGAUGAUUGGCACUGAAGAGGACUUGAUGGCUGGGUUUGCUCCAUCGUUGGAGGAAGCGGCUACCAAGCAGAUUUUCACUUCCCAGCAGGCUCUGGAGUACAUGGGAUCACUGAUUCGUCAGAGAGCAUGGGGAGCCCAGCGGUCGAAGACGGAAGAGGCAUUGGAGGCUCUCGCCGGUAUCAUCCUCGCCCAUGUUCCUGUGGUCGAGUUCAACUUCAGAAUGAAAUGUGCCUAUGUAGCAUUGAUGGUGCGGAGGGUACUCCAGGCGCAAGGCGAGCCGGGCAGAGCUGAUGAUCGAGACUACUAUGGAAACAAGCGUCUCGAGUUGGCCGGCCAGUUGCUGUCACUGCUGUUUGAAGACUUGUUCAAGAAGCUCAACACCGAGUUGAAGCAGUAUGCCGACAAGAUGGCCAACAAGCCGCGGGCAGAGCCGUUCGACAUCACUAAGCAGAUGCGUCCGGACAUAAUCACCAACGGCCUGGUGCACGCCAUCUCAACUGGCAACUGGUCUGUGAAGCGUUUCAAGAUGGACCGUGCUGGUGUGACGCAGGUCUUGUCGCGCCUGUCCUACAUCUCGGCACUGGGUAUGAUGACUCGGGUCAGCAGUCAGUUUGAAAAGACACGUAAAGUGAGCGGUCCUCGCUCGUUGCAACCAUCACAGUGGGGCAUGUUGUGCCCGUGCGACACCCCUGAAGGAGAGGCGUGCGGUCUUGUCAAGAAUCUUGCUCUCAUGACUCACGUCACUGUGGACGAUGAAGAAGCCCCGAUCGUCCGCCUGGCUUUCAACGUUGGUGUUGAGGACUUGCACUUACUGUCAGGAGAGGAGUUCUCAUCACCGGACAUCUACUUGGUCUUUCUCAACGGUAACAUACUGGGUAUCGUGCGCGACUAUGAGAGGCUGGUGAAAACAGUACGGCUCAUGAGACGAGCUGGCCAUAUCUCUGAGUUUGUCUCCAUUUAUCCGAGCAAGCGACAAAGAUGUGUGUUCAUUGCAUCGGACGGUGGUCGGGUGUGUCGGCCCUACAUCAUUGUUGCUGAUGGUCAGCCACGGGUCAAGCAGCAUCACAUCACGGAGCUAACUCGCGGUCUUCGGAGCUUUGAAGACUUCCUCAGCCAGGGCCUGGUGGAGUACCUGGACGUCAAUGAAGAAAGUGAUGCAAUGAUUGCAUUGUAUGAAGCUGACAUCACAUGUGAUAGCACUCAUUUGGAGAUUGAACCUUUCACCAUCCUGGGUGUGUGCGCCGGCCUGAUCCCGUACCCGCAUCACAACCAGUCACCGCGUAACACCUACCAAUGUGCUAUGGGAAAGCAAGCCAUGGGCACUAUCGCUUUGAAUAUGCGUGAAAGAAUUGACACACUGAUGUACGUGCUAGUGUAUCCACAAGCGCCACUGGUCAAGUCCCGGACACUUGAUCUGAUUCACUUUAAUGACCUCCCGGCAGGUCAGAAUGCUACAGUGGCAGUUAUGAGUUACAGUGGCUAUGACAUUGAGGAUGCGCUCAUUCUCAACAAAGCGUCCGUGGAUCGCGGUUUUGGUCGCUGCAUUGUAUAUCGGAAGCAGACCUGCACCCUGAAGCGUUAUGCCAAUCAGAGCUUCGACCGCAUCAUGGGACCAUCGCUGGAUGAACAAACUCGUGAGCCAAUUUACAAACACGCUUGUCUUGAUCGAGAUGGCAUCAUUUCUCCUGGUGAGCAAGUUGGCAAUCGUCAAGUAAUGGUGAACAAGUCCAUACCCACCGUCACCAACCCAUCACUGGCCACUCCACCUGGACCUCAGCAAGCACCACAGCCAGUCCAGUACAAGGAGGCACCCAUGACGUGGAAGGGUCCCGUUUCGCCGUACAUUGAGAAGGUCUUGAUCUCGUCUAACCCUGAUGAGGCAUACCUGAUCAAGCUGCUCCUGCGCAACACUCGACGUCCUGAGAUCGGCGACAAGUUCAGUAGUCGUCACGGACAGAAGGGAGUUUGUGGGCUGAUCGUACCGCAGGAAGACAUGCCAUUCUCUGACUUGGGCAUAUGUCCUGAUGUGAUCAUGAAUCCUCAUGGAUACCCAUCACGUAUGACAGUGGGAAAGCUCAUUGAGUUGCUUGGCGGGAAGGCUGGUGUGUUGGAAGGGUCGUUCCACUAUGGCACUGCAUUCGGUGGUGACAAGGUGGUCGACUUGGCCAAGGUGUUGACAGACAAUGGCUUCAAUUACGGCGGAAAGGACUUUGUUACGUCAGGCUUGACUGGUGAACCGUUGACAGCGUACAUUUUCUUUGGCCCAAUCUACUAUCAGAAACUCAAGCACAUGGUGCUUGAUAAAAUGCAUGCCAGAGCAAAAGGCCCAAGAGCUGUGUUGACCAGACAGCCAACUGAGGGACGUUCACGCGAGGGAGGUCUGCGUCUCGGAGAAAUGGAACGUGACUGCCUGAUCGGCUAUGGCGCCAGCAUGCUUUUACUGGAGAGACUUAUGAUAUCUAGUGAUGCCUUCGAGGUCGAUGUAUGUGGCAAGUGUGGCCUCCUGGGCUAUAUGGGAUGGUGUCACUUUUGUCAGUCGUCCAGCGAAAUCGCCAGCCUUCAGAUGCCGUAUGCGUGCAAGCUUCUCUUCCAGGAGCUGCAGUCAAUGAACAUUGUGCCCCGGCUGCGUCUCGGCGAUCUUGGUGAUUAAUAUACACAAGAGAGCUCAACGUUUGGUUAUGGCUGCCCCACCUCGGUGACAAACAUCUAGUCGGUUGUGGCAACCCUGCUUCUUGAAGAUUUGUACAUAGUGUAAAUAAUUAUAGUUUCAGUUUUUAGAGUGUAACUCGUGUACAUUCUUGUAAAUUUACUACUUAUUUUACCUUCUCAGCAUUCUUUCUGAUGUGUAUUGCUUUUGUGACUAUGCUUUUUUAACACUGCUGUAUGCAGUACUGGAGUGUUAACACAUGGUGGAAAGAGUGUUUGUUGUUGCCGUGUGGUUGUUUGGUUGUUGUUGUCUUUAUUUUAAAAGUGGAAUGGCCCCACUGAGAGGUGGUUAACAGGCACUGACACAAGCUUGCUCUGCGUUGAGAUGAGAUUCUCUAGCUACCCUGCUGUCUUUUUCAAAUUGUUCAGUCUCCACCCGGGCCAUGUCUCUGAAACUAUUCAACAUCAUGACUGCUGGUUUUGUUGGAAUGCGUUUGAUCUCUUUUACACAUAGGAAUUGAAAGUUCACAAUGAUGUGGACAAGCUCGAAUAACGCCGCUAUAAAUAGUUGUCUCUUUGA